AAAUUACUUUACGAAAAGAUCGUCGAAAACGUCGGCCUGAAAAAUGUCCAACACGUUCCUAUACUUCGCUUAUGGGAGUAAUUUACUCGCCAAGAGGAUACGCCUAAAUAAUCCGACUGCGAUAGUGAAAGACAUUGGUUACAUAAAGAAUUUUAGAUUGGAUUUUCAAAGAUAUUCUCAACGAUGGCGCGGGACAUCUGCAACGAUUGUGGAAACAGAAAAUUCAGUUGUGUGGGGUGUGGUUUGGGAGAUAAACAAAUGUAAUUUAUUCACAUUGGAUUGUCAGGAAGGUGUUCAGGAUAAAAUAUAUCAUGCGAUGCAAGUAAAUGUUGAAACCCCUAGUGGUACAACUCUAAAUUGUAGAGUAUAUCAGCAAUGUGAUAAUCCAAAGGAAUAUAUAAAACCAGAGGACUUUCCUAUGGAGAAAAGACCCUCACCAUUAUAUAUAAAUAUGAUAUUAGAAGGAGCUAAGGAAAACAAUCUUCCUGCUGAUUACAUAGAAUUUUUGAAAAGUAUCCCACAUAAUGGAUAUGAAGGAGAAUAUGGUAUUAGUCUUUCUUUGAUUGAAAAUUGAUUUCAACAAUAUUUUUAUUGUACGAGUACUUUUGAUAAUAAGGAUCAAGAUUUACAUA